UGCUAUUGGACAGCAUCAUCAUCUUAUGAUGCGCACAAGAGGUUAACUGUAAAUAUGUGCUGUUCAGGCAGUAGGUCAGGUUACUAGCAUUUAUGUUGAGAGAAAUUCUGCCUACCCUGUUUCUAAUUUUGAGAGAGUGAGUGAGAGAGGGAGAAGUUGAACUUAUUUGGUGUAAUAGAUCAGUCAUCCACACAUUUCUCUGAGUGUGUGCCCAUGUGAAAGAAAGACUGCAGAAGCUGGAAAGCUGGCUGGAUGCAGACACUCUGCUCUCUGGUCCCAUGAACAAAACUUUAUCAUUAAGCAAAGAAACUUUGCAGGGCACCACAACCUCUAAUGGAAGACAGCAAGAAUCCUCUAUGUCUGUGAAUCUGUGGAAUAAAUAGACAAAGUCCAUCCUGUAUUAGUUGCUGCUAAGUGUGCAAACCUGGGGGAUUAUCCAUCCCCGAAGUCCAUCACAUCCUUGCAGGGGUCACUGGAGAACACUGGACAUUAACUGAGAAUCCUGGGGAGCCAAGACUUGGUGCACUUUUCAUCAGCAUAUCUGUAGAUUGUUCUCUUAAUGUGUAGACAAAGUACUGCAUAAAUGGAUUAGACUUAGGUUGACCUAUUUGCAACCUUUGCUCCAACUAGUUAACGUUUGACAAAUUAACUGUACUGCGAUCUCCUGCCUGAUUCUGAGGCAAUAUAAAACCCAGCAUCUCCAGUCCCUCUUCCUGUGUCAUCUUCUACCAGCACAAUGGCAAAGGGCUUCUAUGUUAGUAAGCUCGUAGGUUUUAUUUGCAUAUUUCUUGCCAUAGCUGCAGUGGCUACAAUCAUUGCUCUAGCAGUGGUCUACUCCAAUGAGCUAUCCAACAAUAAUAAAGUAGAAAAUGGAGGGUCUCUCACCACCAGCUUCAUCCCUGCCCCUAGCACUAGUACACCGACCACUACCACAACUACAACUACAACAACACAGACUUCUACAACACCUGCAUCCAACGAACUUUGGGAUAAAUACCGGCUUCCAAAAUCCUUGAUACCUAUUCACUAUGAUAUUGACCUCAGACCUAUUUUGGAGAAAGAUUCACAAGGAUUGUAUGUCUUUCAUGGCAAAAGUGUCGCCCACUUCACAUGUGUGGAACGCACCAACGUCGUCAUAAUCCACAGCAACAAACUCAAUUAUACCAGCAACACUGAGCUCCGCAAUGAUGCUAAUAGAACUUUAACUGUAAAUAAAAUAGAUCUAGUAGAGAAGACCAAUUAUUUAGUGCUACAUCUUGGUGAAGAACUUGAAGAGAAUAAAAUAUACACACUUCACACUGAGUUUACUGGAGAACUGGCCGAUGACCUGGCAGGAUUUUAUCGCAGUGAAUACGUGGAAGAUGGUGUAACCAAGAUCAUCGCCACGACUCAAAUGCAGGCACCUGAUGCUAGGAAGGCAUUUCCCUGUUUUGAUGAGCCAGCAAUGAAAGCUACGUUCAGCAUCACUAUCAGACACAAGCCAGAUUAUGUGGCACUUUCCAACAUGAACCCUAUCAGUGUGACUACCGAGUCCUGGGAGGGUGGACAGUGGAAUAUCACAGUGUUCGAUGUAACUCCAAGGAUGUCCACAUAUCUGGUAGCCUUCAUAGUUUCUCAGUUCAGUUGGAUUGGUGACGACAAAGUUAAAAUCUGGGGCCGUAAGAAAGCGAUCGAGGAAUACAAUGAAGCAGAAUAUGCACUGAAUGUCACCAAGCCAAUUUUGGAAUUCUUUGAGACAUAUUACAAUGUAACUUACCCUCUGCCAAAGUCAGAUCAGGUGGCCUUGCCUGACUUCGGUGCAGGAGCUAUGGAGAACUGGGGCUUGGUGACAUACAGAGAUACCGCUCUUCUUUAUAAUGAAAUUGAGUCUUCCAUUGGCAACAAGGAGAGGGUGGUCACAGUAAUAGCACACGAACUUGCGCAUCAGUGGUUCGGGAAUCUUGUGACAGUUCGAUGGUGGAAUGAUCUAUGGCUGAAUGAAGGUUUUGCAUCUUACGUGGAAUAUUUGGGAGCAGACUUUGCAGAACCCACCUGGAACAUAAAAGACCUGAUAGUGCUUUAUGAUGUGCACAGAGUGAUGGCGGUCGAUGCUUUGCUCUCUUCCCAUCCACUCACAUCAAGAGAAGAGGAUGUAAACACUCCAGCACAAAUAAGCGAACUCUUUGAUUCCAUAACCUAUAGUAAGGGUGCAUCAGUAAUUCGUAUGCUGUCCUCUUUCCUCACUGAAGAGAUCUUUGUAAAUGGACUGAAUACAUAUCUGAAAGCUUUUGCAUAUAACAACACCGUGUAUGAAGACCUGUGGGCUCAUUUACAGAUGGCUGUUUCUCCAACUGCACUUCCACACAGCGUGGAGAAAAUCAUGAACACGUGGGUCUUGCAAAUGGGUUUUCCAGUGGUGACUAUUGACACAACAGUUGGAAGAGUAGAACAAAAACAUUUUCUUUUAGAUCCGGACGCAACAAUUAAAAACUAUACAUGGAUUGUACCCAUCACAUACAUUAACAGUUCUGGUCCAACUGGAAACUUCUGGCUUGAACAAGUAAGCGACAUACAUGAUGCAUUAAAAACAGAUGGAAACAGCUGGUUCCUGGCAAACAUCGAUGUGACAGGAUACUACAGGGUUAACUAUGAUGAUGGAAAUUGGGACAGGUUGAUAGAUCAGCUGAAAAGAAACAAUUCAGAAAUUCCUCUUAUCAACCGUGCGCAGAUCAUCGAUGAUGCUUUCAAUUUAGCCAGAGCUAAGAUAAUACAAACUACAAGAGCGCUUGAAACCACCACAUUCCUAUCUGAAGAAGUGGAAUACAUGCCUUGGCAGGCAGCUAUAAGCAACCUCAAUUACUUUACACAGAUGUUUGAUCGCACAGAGGUGUAUGGCUCAAUGAAGGUUUACAUGCAACAACAAGUCCAACCAUUAUUCAACUAUUUUAAAGGCCUGACUGGUAACUGGACUAGAAGACCAGCAACGUUAACAGAACAAUACAAUGAAAUAAACUCAGUCAGCCUUGCCUGUAGCUACGGAAUCGCUGAAUGCAGAGAGCUGGCAACAAAACUCUUCAAGGAAUGGAUGGAUACAAAUCACAAUGGGAUACAUCCAAAUCUGAGGAGCACCAUCUACUGCAAUGCGAUAGCAAAUGGAGGAGUAGAAGAGUGGAACUUUGCAUGGGAUGAGUUCAAAAAGACUGAAAAUGCACAAGAAGCAGACAAGCUGAGAGCAGCUCUGGCCUGCACUAAGGAACCCUGGAUUCUGAACAGACUACUGGAGUAUGCCUUGGAUACCAGUAAAAUUCGUAGGCAAGAUUCUGUUUCCACAAUUACCAACAUUGCUAACAACGUGGUGGGCCAGAGUCUUGCCUGGGAUUUUGUGCGAGCCAAAUGGUCAUCACUCUUCAGCCAAUUUGGAGGGUCGUCUUUCUCCUUUGGCAAUCUGAUUACAGGAGUGACAAGAAGAUUCUCCACUGCAUUUGAACUACAGCAACUUGAACAGUUUAAAAAAGAUCAUGAAGCAAAUGGUUUUGGCACAGCCGCACGAGCUUUGGAGCAAAGCAUAGAGAGGACUAUAGCGAACAUUAACUGGGUAGAUGAGAACAAGGCCUCGGUACAGAAGUGGUUUGAAGGCGCAGUAAGCCCUUAAGGGACUUGUGAAAAAACACCUCCUGACACUUGUGAAGAACUCGUUUACAAGCCACACGUGCCUCCUAAGAAUUGCUUGCGGUUCUCCUUACCAUGGUGUUGAAGGAACAUGAAAUAUGAUCUAACAUGAUUCCUUCAGCCAGAUUACUCUUCAUUGAUUUCUAUGAUGUUCCUUUCUAAAGUGACUGAGAAAUCAAGUUUUGCCACUUUGACAUGUGUAUUCCCCGCAGAUGUAAAGACUUUUAUGUAUAGAAAAUGAGUAACUGCCUUUUUAUACUCAGGGUUAAAAUAGUAUGAUUGCUUCAAAUGGAAUAAAUACAUUGCUCCAUCCUAUAUAAACUUGACUAUGCAAAUGUGUGAUUUAAGAGGUCUUACUAAUAUAAAAUGUCUCCUAUAAUCAAGGAGGUAGACUUUCAACAAGCAAUCCCAGAAAAGACCUCUAAAACGCUCCUGUUUAUGUGUAAUCUGCUAAUCAUGUUUACUGUACAGAACCACAGUACAAAAUUACUACUUUAGGGACAAUUCAAUUCUCUGCGAUGUGCCACCGGACCUCAGUGCAAUAUCCAGAUACGCACAUUCAGCGGGACAUAAUGGAGUCCAAGAUCGUCGGAGGUACGGGAUGCCGUUCUCUGAAGGUUUUUAAAGGGGAAAUCACUUAGAAGGCAUGGUUUUGCCUUGUGUUUGCCACUUUAAAAAAACAUUUGAGAUCAGCCGCAUCCCGCACCUUCAGCUAUCUCGAACUCCAUUACUUCCCGCCGAUUACCACUUAUUACAGAUGGAAUCUUUGAUCGUUUUCCUGCUGACCUCUGUGGGAAAUUGAGCAAAUAUACAUUGCCAGGGUCAGCCUUCACGAACGUUCCAGAGGCAGUCCACAGCUUAUCACCGAAAAUUGAAUUGUUCCCUUAAUGUCUUAUGCCAGAAGAUGGUAAAUGUAGGUGAGAGCCUAAAAAGAUGUAUAUUUUCCUAUAAUAAAGACAAUGUAUUCUACGUUUAUUUAUACUUUUACAUUCUCCAUGUAAAUAAUAAGAGAUAGACUUUUCAUAAAAUACUAAAUUAAGACAUAGCUCUGACAAUUGUUAUUUCUUUUGUUUUGCAUUCUGGAAUAUAAAAAUAAAAAUGAUUUCAACAAAAACAACAA